CAUCGUCACUAAACAAAGCUUCCCUCAGCUGUGGAAUUGCAUGAUCAUUGUCGCCAGUGAAUUUAUGUGCAUUCAGAAUAUUUUUUUUAAAGAACUAAUAACUCAUUGUAUAUUUUAGAUUUUUGAAAAACUUUUAGUUGAUAAAUUUGACAUGAAAAUACAAUUUUAUAUGAAUAAAAAAUAGAUAUAACAAACAAAAAUAGAAAAACGUGAUAUUUGGAAACUAAUCUACUAGUAUAAAAAACUGCGCGUCUACUAGGUUCUUUUUCUUCUGUUUUGUUUAGGUUAUAAGAAUUUUUUGGGUCCGACUAGUGACCAUUCUAGAAACAAGAGGAACGAAUAGAAAAAGAAGGUAGAUUUAGAAAGGUUGGCAAGUAAUGCCACUUCUGCUCAAGUCUUGUCCAAAUCUACAAACUUUAGUCUUCUAGGUAUAUUAAUAUCAGUUUACUUUGUUUUGUUGUUGUUGUUGUUGUUUCCAUUGAUUAAUAUACAUGUCUUAAAUUGGUCUGUUUUCCAGGGUCUUAUUCACAGAAUAACAAAUAGAUGUGGAGAUGCAUGCGCUUGCAACCCAGGCCAAAAAAAGAGGAAGAGGAUGAAAAAGCUGAAAGAAGUAUGUUGUUUACAGACACGUCGAGUGAAGGUGCUGGAGAUUUCAGACUGUGGAGGUUGUUUUCAAGAGCUGAAACAAAUGAUACAUUUCUUGGACAAUUUGGAAUGUCUUGAAAUUCUAAAAGUUGGUGUUGACCCCGACAAGAAUAGUGAGUUAGUGCGAGCUAAUGUAAUGCCUCUUCCCAGACUUUCAUCAAAGUGCACCAUUCAAUUCAUCUGACCUUUUCUUUCCUGAACCUCUUUUUUUGUAAUGUUGCAAAAUUGAUAAUGAUUAUUAUCACUUUAAAUAUCAUUCUUUCAUGUUGCUUACAAUCUAUUAAAAAGGAUAAUAAUUGUUUUCACAUGGCCCUUGUGAUUCUUAAUAACGAGAACUUUUAAAAUGUCAAAGAAGAAGUUAUUAUCGAUGGUCCAAACUCCAAAGGAUUUUCCCACCUUGUUGCUCGUUUUCCACAAUAAUAAUAACUAGGAUAACACCGUGAGUUUAUUUGUAUAUAUUAUCGAUAGUUUUUUUUAUAUAUGUGAUCAUUUUAUUUAUAUAUUUAAAAUAUUUUUUGUUGUUAUUAUAUAAUUUUUUUCCGAUGGAUCGGAUAAAUUU